AUGAAUAACUCGACCAAAGGUGUCAAGUUUGUCGGUUCUGACGCUUCGGGGCUUCCUCUCAAGCGCAAGCAGGUCCAGCAAGCUUGCGAAUCAUGUCGCAAAAAGAAGAAACGCUGCAUUCACGCGGAACCUGCUCAAUCCGAGCCCGGUGAAGGUGCUGGCGCAUCAUCUCCCAGUCAUGAUGGGCCACCACCACCACCCUUAGCAUCUCCUACCAAGCAUCGCAAUUCUACCUCGGCUGGCCCUGACGGCGGUCUUAACCUGUCGCCUUCACGGAGGGACUCUGACGCGAAAACAGAUGCUCAUGGCGGCCAGACGAGGUUCGUUGGGGAUCUGAACCCGGAGGGCAUGUUUGCAGAGGCCGCAGACUCGGCGGACUCGGCAGCUAAUCCCACCCUCAAGGCCGAAGUUGGCGUCUGGCUGCCGUCUGGAACGACGACAGCCGGUCAAGCUACGAGCAGCGUCGUGUCUCGCCCGGCGGCCAUGAUCGACAAGGUCCUACUCCCCUACGUCAAACAGCAUUGUCUCACCUGCGUGCCCCCAGAAAAGGACUUUAAGCACCUCCACAGGGUCUACCGGGAGAAGAUCCACCCAAUCUUCGCUCUGGUCCCCGAGGACAUUGUGAUAGAAGGCGACACGCCGGCGGCUAUUGUCAUGCGACAGGUCGUGUCUUUGGCUGCGGCAUCCGACCCGGAGAUGAAGAGUCACCUGCGGCUUGCCAACCAAGGCCAUAAGAAGAUGCCUUACCAGGAUUUCCACCAGCAUCUCUCUGGCUCCAUCCGAACCAUUCUGGAGACGAGCUUGAUCACAGACCGGACCAUUCACAUUCGUGCCCUGUGCAUGCUGUCCCUCUACAUCCAGCCUUCGGGGGCCGACGAGGCCGAUCUGCCUGCGCAGCUGGGUGCCAGGGCUGUGCAUCACUGCCAGACUCUUGGCUUGCAGCUGUUCCACACCAGCGACGAUGCCCUAGACACCCUCUUUUGCGCCGUUUGGGCCAUUGACCGUAUCAAUGCCGCCGCGUACGGACGGCCAUCUGUCAUUCACGAGCGGGAUAUCGGACCUGGACUUGAGGACUGCUUCCGCAGACAAACCCCAUGCUUCCGCCUUUUCCUCUCCGUCGUGCAGUGGUUGGAUAAAGUCAUUGAGCUUUACAGACCAGGUGUUAUCGCAUCGUCUCUAGAAACGAAACCUUUCAUCGACCUCCCUGUCCUGGAGCCCAUGAUUCUCGAUGCCGGGGCCUUGCAAGUGCCCACGCCCUUGCUCGCCACGAUCGAGGUGUUUUAUCACGCUGUCAUCAUCCUGUCAUGUCGCCUGCCGAGACCUGGGCCUCCAUCAAACUACGCACAAACGAUCCCGCCCGCAUCGGCUAACGCCCGCCGUUCCCUUGCAGCGGAGCGCAUCUCUUCCGCCAUCCGUCGAGAUCACCUUAGCCCAGUGCCUCUUGUCCCUUAUGCCCUUUCCCUCGCACUCAGUGUCGAGUACCGCAAAAUGCGACAUAGCGCCCUUCCAAUGUUCCGCGCACGAGCCCGCAGCGCCUUCAAGUCGAAUUCCGAGCUCAUGAAGCGCUUUGGCGAUGUAUUCUGGAGUGCUAGGGUAGUAGCCGGGCUUGGAGAGCGCAUUCUUCGAGAAAUGGAGCGCGCUGCCACAUCACUAGUACAAGGAGCCGCCGUGCCGCAGUCUUCCCAUGUGGAUAUCUCCGCCAACGGCAGAAUCGAAGCCCCCGUUUCGACAGCAGCGGUGCAGGAUGCGGUUCCCCAGUUGCCCACGACGUUGGCGUCCGAUUUUACCACAUCAGAGACUAUCGACUUUUCAGUGGUUGACGCCAUGACAAACGUAGAUGUCUUUGGGCACUUUGAUCCAAACUUUAACCUUUCAGCAGUUGACAAUGCUUUGGAGGCAAAUUUGGAUAUCGGUUUGCCUCUAAAUUGGGGAGAGUGGGACCAGUUCACCAGUUAG